UGGACCCUACUCAGGCUCUCCACUGAGCUGGGAAGCGGGGAGGCGUCGGGCUGCGUUGGAGGCACAGCUGAGCACACUUAGCCGACGACCUUGCAGAGUGAGAAGCUACACUUAAAUGCCGCUCGUUUCUCCGCAGUAUCAGCACCACCUUCUCCCAUGGGUGGAAACGUUAAUGGUGAAACAGUCCUAAGUCCGCGUCCUCCUCCCGGCCUCCGGCUGUCGGCUGCACUGGAAACCCAAGUUAGCUCUUUCUCCGAGCAGCUCUUACCACCAAGUCUCCCUUUCCAGUGGGUUCCCACCCGUUACCUGGACAAAUGUCACUGCACCCGCGAGGAAGGGAACAGGGAGAACAAUCGUGUCUGCUGUGUGGAUUCUUCAGUAAUGCCUUCAAAGCAGAACAGAAUCUGGCACAGGUGAGAGCUACUGGCCCAUUCAUGGAGGAUCACAGGAUUGCACCUGUCCACCUCUUGUGAUGGAUUGGCUAAGGCUUCCUGCAUCCUGCUCACGACUGUGUGGGACCCAUGCUGGUCGGAGAGGACGGUAGAUGGUGGGUGGGGAGGCCUGGCCGGCAGUCGGGUGCAGUGGGGUCUCUCCCCCACAGGGCUAGUCUCUGCCCAGCGACCCUGCAGGGUCUGCACUCGGAGGCUGCCACCAGGGGGCGCUGUGCCCACGCCCGCCGCUCUGCCCCAGGUUCUCCAGCUGCCCCGGGCACUGCCUGGGCCCCCAGCCCUGGCCCAGAGCUCAGGAUGCGGUGCCUGGGCGCCGAGAGCCUGGUCUCUGCAGGGAGAACCCCCAGGCACAGAGAGUGGAGGCCUCAGAUUUACAGGAAAUGCACAGACACACCGUGGUUGUUCCUGUUCUUUCUCUUUUGGACAGGUUUGGUGUUCGUCACGGGCUACUCCGUGGUGGCGGGGGCCCCAGGAGGACUGCUCUUCGGCCGAGACAGCUUUGGCAACGUGUGCGGCAAGGAGAACCCCCCGGUGGAAGGGGCCCCUCUGUCGGGGCAGGACAUGACCCUAAAAAAACACGUGUUCUUCAUGGACUCCUGCCACCUGGAAGUCAAGGCUGGGUGGCCCGGUCCCACCGCCCUCUGCGUGUCCAGCUGUCCCGACGAGCAGCUGGACACCCUGGAGGAGGUGCAGCUGUUUGCCAACAAGAGCGGCUCCUUCCUGUGUGUGUACAGUUUGAGUUCCGUCAACUACACGCAGGAUCCGAACGCAGCCUCCCUGUGCCCCAGGCUCCCAGUCCCUCCAAGCAAACCUUUCCCCUUGCUUAACCGAUGCGUCCCUCAAAUGCCAGAGUGCUACUCCCAGUUCCUGUCCGUCUUGCUGAACGAUGCCAACGCCCUGCACCGGAUUCUCAGUGGAGUCAUGUCGGGAAGGGACACGGUCUUUGGCCUGUGUGUCCUCGCAUUAGCCUUGUCGCUGGCUGUGCUGCUGACUUUCCGAUUCAUCACCGGUCUCCUGCUUCACACUUUGAUUGCCCUGGUUAUUUUGGGAUUGUUGUUUGACUGCGGUGUCUUGUGGUGGCUGUACUAUGACUACACCAAUGACCUCAGCGUGGCGCUGGACACAGAAAGGGACAACAUGACGUGCUUGCUGGGGUUUGCCAUUGUGUCCACGGCUUUCACGGCCGUUCUGCUCGCCCUGAUUUUCGUCCUGCGCAAGAGAACGACACUGGCGGUCGAGCUUCUGCAGGUCACCAACAAGGCCAUCGACCGCUGUCCUUUCCUGCUGCUGCAGCCGCUGGGGACGGUGGCCAGCCUGCUCCUCUUCUGGGCGCUCUGGGUGGCCGUGCUCCUGAGCCUGGGCACCGCAGGAGCGGCCCGGGUCACCGGAAGCGGCCGGGUGGAGUACACGCCACUCCCGGGCGUUCGGCGCCUGUGGGGGUACCACCUGCUGGGCCUCGUCUGGACCAGCGAGUUCAUCCUCUCGUGCCAGCAGAUGACCGUGGCGGGGGCAGUGGUGGCCUGUUAUUUCAACAGAAAUGAAAACGACCCUCCCGACCGCCCAGUCCUUUCGUCCCUCACCACCCUCCUCUGCCACCACCUAGGGACAGCCGUGAAAGGCUCCGUUCUGAUCCCCCUGGCUCGGGUCCCCAGAGCCUUCGUCCUGUGCCUGUCCAGCGCUCUGCAAGACCAGCAGCCGAGUGCCUGGUCCAGGUGCGUGUUCAGGUGCUGCUCCUGCUGUCUCUGCUGUCUGGACAGAUGCCUGCGCCCUCUCAGCCAGCAUGCCUACACCGCCACCGCCAUCAACGGGACAGACUUCUGCACGUCAGCCAGCGACGCGGGCAGGCUCUUAUCCCAGAAGUCACGUCAUUUCACAUCUGUUAACUGCUUUGGAGACUUCGUCGUUUUUCUAGGAAAGGUGCUGGUGGCGUGCUUCACCGUCUUCGGGGGACUGAUGGCCUUUAACUACCACCGGGCGCUGCAGGUGUGGGCGGCGCCCCUGCUCCUGGCCGCCUUCUUUGCCUCCCUCCUGGCGCACAGUGUCCUGUCUGUGUUCGCGGCUGUUCUGGAUGCACUUUUCCUGUGUUUUGCCGUCGACCUGGAAACAAAUGACGGCUCCUCCGAAAAGCCCUACUUCAUGGACCGAGAGCUUUUGAGUUUUGUGAAAAGGAUCAACACAUUAAACGACACGAGGUCACAGAGCGACAGCAGUUCUGCGAGGAACGAGGAAGGAACAGAAUUGCAGCCUGUCGGGAGGUAGGCGGCC